AUGUGGAAAAUAAAUUUAUUAUCAAGAUCAAUUUUUUCAAAACGAACAUUUAAUAAUUUCGGUGGUAAUAACAUUGUUAGAUACUUGAAUAAUUCAAUCCAUCAUGAUCAUAAAAAUAUUAUUAUAAAACAACGAAAUGGUCAAUAUUUUAAGACAAGAUAUUUAUUACAUAAUAAUAAAUAUAAUAAAUCGUUCAUUACAUCCAAAUCGUUGGACAAUAUAAAAUUUCAUUCUUUUCAUAGUUCAGCGCAAGCCGCUGUCGUACCAAUCCUUCCAACAAUUUUAUUUACAAUUCCUUUAAGCAUUCCUUAUCUUUUAUUAUUGAGAUUUGCAACAACAAAAUAUCUCUUACCUUCAACUCGAAAUAAAAUUUCUAAAUUAUUUGCUUCGGCAUUAAUUUUGACUCCAAUCCCUUUCUUAUCAACAUUUGAUAUAGCUCCAAAUACAAAUAGACAUCGAUUCAUGAUAUUAUGGCCAUGGGAAGAGCAAAAACUAGUACAGAAGGCACAAGAAAAUGUUGAAAUGGUAAUAGGUUCAGAAACAUUAAUACCUUCAGAUGAUCCAAGAACACAAAUGUUUAAACAAGUUUGUCAUCGAUUAUGGCAACAUGGAAUUAGUGAGGAUGAUCGAAAUAAUGGAAUUAAAGAACCAACCGUUUACCUUAUAGAUAACGAAGAAUUUUUAGAUGGUGUAUCAUAUCCAUGUUCUGCUAUAACUUUGACAUCAUGUUGGUUAAAAUUGAUUGAUUAUGAUGAAAGUCUUCUUGCUGCUGUAGUUGCUCACGAAAUUGCUCAUAUUUUACAAAAUCAUGCAAGCGAAUUUUACGGAAUGUCUUUUAUAAUAAAAGUAUUAACACAAUUAGGUGAAAUGAUUGGAAACAUAAUUCCUGGUUUAAAUAAAGAAGGGUUUCAAGGAAGGCCAAUCCUUUUUUUACAACAACAUUCUCAAAAAUUAGAAAAAGAAGCUGAUUUAUUAGGUCAAGAAAUUAUGGCACGAGCAGGAUAUGAUCCUGCGAAAGCUAUAGAAUUAUGGGAAUUAAUGGUAUCUUUAGAAGAAAUAAAUAAAAAUUCAUUGGAACAAGUUCAGAUACCAAAAUCAUCACAUGAUGAAGAAGGUCGUGGAAUAAGACAUGUUAGUGAUACUUUUAGGUAUCAUCCUUUAAAAGAACACAGAGUCAAAUAUUUGACGGAAAAUUUAUUACAAGCUCAAAAUUUAUAUGACAAAACUAUAGAGUAA